AUGGGAACUAAGAAUCCAGUAGGACACGUCCUGCUGAAUGCAUGGCUCAUUGUGUUUAGUAUUGUAAAGACGGCUUUGGUGCCAGUAUUUGCAAUUCUAUCGCUAUGUUUAAAGGGUCCAAUCGAAUACUUGGAUAGAAAACAUAGAGUUAAAGAAGAUUUUUACAUUAUAACGUUUUUCAUCAAGAGUGUGGCACAAUAUUUUCUGGCUGUCAGAAAUCAUAGGUUUCAGUACUGGUAUCUAUUUAGUAAACAAGUGGAACAAAAUGCUGAUCGUUUGGCUAUUAGUUACCCAAGACCAUUGUCGAAAAAGGGAGAAUUUGAAGUGGAAUCGUUUACUUAUAGGGAGACUUAUGAUAUAGUUUUAAGACUAUCACACAUUUUGUCUGAACAAUAUGGUGUACGUUCCGGUGAUAACAUUGCUAUUGAUUCUACUAAUAAGCCACUGUUUCUGUUUUUACUAUUAGCAUCUUGGAAUAUUGGUGCUAUACCUGCAUUAUUGAAUUACAAUACACUGGGUAAUCCUCUAGUGCAUUCACUAAGGAUCUCUGGUAUUACACAAGUCUUUGUCGACCCACAAGCUAGUGGACCCAUCAAAUCAUCUGAAAAAGAGAUCAAAGAAGAACUGCCAAAUGUCAGAUUAAAUUAUUUGGAUGAGACCGAGCUUUUAAAAACUCUAAAAGAUCCAGAGACACCCAAAUUUUUACAAGAAGAUGAUUUGAGAUCCCCACAGGGUCUUACCGAUUACAAGCCUGCCAUGUUCAUUUAUACUUCUGGUACCACAGGUUUACCCAAGUCUGCUAUCAUGUCGUGGAGAAAAGCUACCGUUGGUUGUACCUUAUUUGCUCACAUUGAGCACAUGGAUAAUAACAGUGUUGUUUUCACUGCUAUGCCCUUAUUCCACUCUACCGCUACGUUACUUGGUGUUUGUUCCGUUUGGUCUAAAGGUGGUUGUGUGGCAAUCUCUAACAAGUUUUCUGCAAGCAAUUUUUGGAAAGAAGCAUAUUUGACCAAGGCUACUCAUUGUCAAUACGUGGGGGAAAUUUGUAGAUAUUUGCUUAACACACCAGUCUCCAAAUAUGAAAAUAUGCACUCUGUCAAAGUCGCUUAUGGUAAUGGGUUGAGACCUGAUAUCUGGCAAAAAUUUAGACACAGAUUCCAUAUUGAGGUUAUUGGUGAAUUUUAUGCAGCUACUGAAGCGCCUUUGGCAACUACCUCUUACCAAAAGGGUGAAUUUGGUGUAGGAGCUUGUAGGAAUUAUGGUACCGGUAUUCAAUGGUUCCUAAGUUUACAACAGACCCUGGUUAGAAUGGACCCCGAUGAUGAUGCUACUAUCUACAGAAAUUCUAAGGGAUUGUGUGAGAAACCAGCAGUUGGUGAAUCAGGUGAAAUGUUGAUGAGAAUUUUUUAUCCAAAGAAACCUGAGACUUCAUUUCAAGGUUAUGUGGGUAACAAAAAAGAAACUGAAUCCAAGGUGCUUCGUAACGUUUUUAGAGAAGGUGAUGCUUGGUUUAGAACCGGUGACCUUUUGAAAUCGGAUGAAUAUGGGUUAUGGUAUUUUGUGGACAGAAUGGGAGAUACAUUUAGGUGGAAGUCUGAAAAUGUGUCUACCACCGAAGUGGAAGACCAAAUAAUGGGUAGUAAUCAUGAUGAUUUCGCACAGGUAGUGGUUGUUGGUAUUAAAGUACCUGGUUAUGAAGGUAGAGCCGGAUUUGCUACUAUCAAAUUGAAAAAUCCAGAAACACCUGAAAGCGGUAGAAUUGCGGUCUUGAAUCGGAUGUUAACCCAUUUGAAUCGUGAAUUGCCCAAAUACGCACACCCGGUGUUUGUCAAAUUAGUGGAUCACAUUGAGAUGACGGACACUAAUAAAAUCUCGAAGAAGAUUUAUAGGAACCAGGUUCUACCUCAUGGUGCUAAUGGAGAUGAAACGGUCUACUGGUUAAAGGAUUACAAAGAAUAUAAGCAAUUGACUGAUGAAGAUUGGUCAGCCAUUAAAUCACAAAAAGCAAAACUCUGA